CUCCCUCUCUUCCCCCAAAACCCCACACUCAAGCAAAUCUGUAAUCCAAAAUACCCAAAUUACACAAACCUUAUAUCACCAAAUGGCUCGUACUAAGCAAACUGCUCGUAAGUCGACAGGUGGCAAGGCCCCAAGAAAACAACUAGCAACCAAAGCCGCUAGAAAAUCUGCUCCAGCAACUGGAGGAGUGAAGAAACCACACAGAUUCAGGCCUGGAACUGUUGCGCUUCGAGAAAUCAGGAAGUACCAGAAAUCAACUGAACUCUUAAUCCGUAAACUUCCGUUCCAGCGUUUAGUUCGUGAGAUUGCUCAGGAUUUCAAGACUGAUUUAAGGUUCCAGAGUUCUGCUGUUGCUGCUCUACAAGAAGCGGCUGAAGCGUAUCUUGUUGGAUUGUUUGAGGAUACUAAUCUGUGUGCCAUUCAUGCUAAGAGGGUUACUAUUAUGCCUAAAGAUAUUCAGCUUGCAAGAAGAAUUAGGGGUGAAAGAGCUUAAAAUGGAUUCUCUUGUUGUUGUUAGUAGUGUUUUUAGUAUAUAAUGGGGUUGUUGUUGUUGUAGUUUAUUCAUGUUUUGAUUUCAGAAUUUUCUCAAUUCUGAAUAUGUAGUUGAAUUAAAGUACUUUUAAUGAAAUAUCAGUGCGUUUUUGUUCAAA